AUGAUAAAAUCUGCUGCAUCUUCUGAAACUCCCAAUGCCAAAGUAUCGCCGGCAACUCCUCGUGCGAGCAAGUCCAGCAGCAUCAGGGGAGUGUCUAAAUCAAACGCUGGCUCAGGCUCACCUUCUCCCCUCCAAAACCCUCGCCUUUCUGUUGAUGGCUCACCCAGAUCACUUCCCUCCAAGCCUACUGGACGCUCUCCCAAACUCACCACUCCGCCUGAGAAAAAAGCAACGGCGACGCGCAUUCCGAAACCAUCAGGAUCAGAGCUUCAGACCGAAAUAAAUCAUGCUCAUGAAGAUCUGAAGAGGGCAAAAGAACAACUGGCUUCUCUCGAGAAAGAGAAGGAAAAAGCACUCGAUGAUUUGAAAGAAGCCCAGAGGCUGGCCGAGGCAUCAAACGAGAAGCUGAAAGAAGCACUGAUGGCCCAAAAACGUGCAGAAGAAAAUUCUGAGAUUGAAAAGUUCCGUGCAGUCGAGAUGGAGCAGGCGAGCAUCGAAGCAACUCAGAAGAAGGAAGAGGAAUGGCAGAAGGAGCUUGAGACUGUGAGGAACCAGCAUGCUGUAGAUGUGGCCACCCUUUUAACUGCCACUCAGGAAAUUCAGAAGGCAACGCAGGAAUUGGCGAUGAUACGCGACGCAAAGGAUCAGGCACUUCGCCAUGCGGACGACGUCACGAAAAUAGCCGAGGCCCAUGCUGAAAAAAUCGAGCUUCUUUCCGCCGAGCUGGCUCAUUUGAAAUCAGCCCUCAACUCCCGUGCCGAGAUUGAGGCCAGCGAGAACAAUAAAUUGGUCACCAAGCUGCAGUUGGAGAUAGAGUCCCUGAGAUGCGAACUCGAGAAGGUGAAAUCACUUGAGGAGACGUUAAAGGAAAAGGAGGUGGCCAUGGAGCAGCUCAAUGUCGACCUGGAGGCCGCACGAAUGGCUGAGUCCUAUGCCCGCAGCAUAGCAUAUUCAAAUGAAUACAACGCGGCUAAUCCUAACUAA